AUGGCAUACGGAACUGCUCCUGAUGCAUUUGACGAAUACUUGAAGAUGUCCGAGCGUACUAUAAGGAGAUAUUUAAGAAGACCGACACCGAGCGACAUUCAAGCUUUAUACGCGGCACAUGAAGCUAGACACGGUUUCCGAGGGAUGCUAGGUAGCAUCGAUUGCACACAUUGGGAGUGGCAAAACUGCCCUAAUGCCUGGCGAGGUCAAUAUAUGCGUGGUGAUCAUCAACAUCCUACCAUAAUGCUUGAGGCUGUGGCAUCUGCUGACUUGUGGAUUUGGCAUGCAUUCUUUGGCAUUGCCGGAUCCAGCAAUGAUAUUAACGUAUUAGAUUUAUCACCUAUCUUUGACGAUAUAGUAAAUGGAACCACGCCGGACUCUUCAUUUCAUCUUAGAGGAACAACAUAUAAGCUUGGCGAUUAUCUUGCUGAUGGUAUAUAUCCUGAAUAUGCCACAAUGGUGAAGGCGUAUAACACUCCAGUAGGUGAGAAACAUGUCAUCUACACAUCCGCUCAGAUGUCAGCCAGAAAAGAUGUCGAGCGAGCGUUUGAUAUUUUGAAGCAAAGAUGGCAUAUCAUAAAAUAUCCGGCACGAGCUUGGUCACCAGCCAAAAUUAGGAGGGUAAUGUAUGCGUGUAUUAUUUUGCAUAACAUGAUUUUAGAAGACGAGGAACAAAUCAUUUGUCAAUACAAUGAACAUGAAAUGGACGUGCCGAUUGAGGAAGUUAAUGAAGUACAACAACGUGCAAACCGACGUGAUAUACGUAACCGAGAAGUGCAUCACCAACUUAAGUCAGACUUGGUCGACAAUAUUUUCGAACGUUCACAAGAGUAG